UCUCAUUUCCUAUUUACAUGGGGUUUUAAGAACUCAACCCAAAAUGUAAAGGGCGCACCAAUGAUUAUCACGCAGUUUACUUGACACUUUUUUUUUGCUAGAGUUAACUUGACACUUUACUAAAAGCUAAAUGUUGCUUCGUUCCGUCGGAAAACAUCUCACCGUCGCUCGCCUCUUCUCUACAGAAGCAGCACGAAGAGGCACCGCCGCCACUAAUUCCGUCGGCGGCGGAGACACGCUAGGGCGUAGGCUUCUGAGCCUUGUGUAUCCAAAACGCAGCGCCGUCAUUGCUAUCAACAAAUGGAAGGAAGAGGGUCACACUCUCCCUCGCAAGUACCAGCUCAAUCGCAUGAUUCGCGAGCUCCGCAAGAACAAACGUUACAAACACGCGCUCGAGGUUUGCGAAUGGAUGAAAUUACAAAAUGAUAUCAAGCUAGUGGAAGGAGACUAUGCUGUUCAGUUGGAUUUGAUAACCAAAGUUCGCGGUUUAAAUAGUGCGGAAAAAUUCUUCGAGGAUCUACCUGAUAACAUGAGAGGCCAACCAACGUGCACCGCCCUUCUUCAUGCCUAUGUCCAAAAUAAUUUGGCUGACAAAGCUGAGGCGCUAAUGUUGAAAAUGUCAGAAUGUGGUUUUUUGCGAAGUCCUCUGCCUUAUAAUCGGAUGAUGUCUCUUUACAUUUCGAAGGGGAAGUUGGAUAAGGUUCCUAAAAUUUUCGAGGAGCUAAAGGUGAACACUUCUCCGGAUGUAACAACCUUCAAUUUAUUGUUAGCUGCUUGUGCCUCGGAAAAUGAUAUUGAAACUGCAGAAAGAGUAUUGCUUCAGUUAAAGAAGGCAAAAGUAGAGCCAGAUUGGGUAACGUUUAGUACAUUGACCAAUUUGUACAUACGCAAUGCUAGCGUAAAGGAUGAUUGCCUUGAAAAGGCAGCAUCUACUUUGAAAGAGAUGGAGAACAGAACCUCACGGGAUACUCGAGUUGCAUAUUCCUCUCUCUUGAGUUUGCAUGCAAACAUGGGGAAUGUGGAUGAAGUUAAUCGGGUAUGGAAGAAAAUGCAGGGUUGCUUUCGCAAAAUGAGUGAUAAUGAGUAUUUUUGCAUGAUAUCGUCACUUCUGAAGCUUGGGGACUUUGCCGGAGUUGAGAAUCUGUAUAGAGAGUGGGAAUCUGUUUCUGGUACCAAUGAUGUCAGAAUUUCAAAUUUACUUCUUACUUCAUAUGUUGACCAAGGCCAGAUGGAAAUGGCUGAAAGUUUUUCUAAUCAGUUAGUGGAAAAGGGUGUCUGUCUUUUGUACCCUACAUGGGAGCUACUUACACGGGGGUAUUUGAAAAAGAAGGAUGUAAAAAAAUUUCUGUAUUAUUUUAUGAAAGCUAUUUCUAGUGUGAACAAAUGGAUUCCAGAUCCCAUGUUAGUCCAAGAAGCAUUCACAGUCAUCCAGGAGCAAGCUCAUAUUGAAGGAGCAGAACAAUUGUUAGUUAUCCUUCGGGAUGCUGAACAUGUGAAUACAAAUAUAUAUAACAUGUUUCUGAAAACUUAUGCUGCAGCUGGUAAAAUGCCUCUCAUUGUUGCUGAGAGGAUGAAAAAGGACAACAUUCAGUUGGAUGAAGAGACACAUAGGCUCUUGGAUCUAACCAGUAAAAUGUGUGUAAGUGAUGUUUCGGGGAUUCUGUCCUAAGCACACAUUGAAGGGGUCUUAAGGUAAAGUAGGAAAGCUCAAAUGUGUUUGGCUGCACUUGUUUUGCAGUAUCGAUCCCAUUUCUGAAUAUAAUAAUUGGAUUGUUAGUAUUUAUGAAUGUAAUACAAAUUUGCAAUGAUACCAAUUUUGAAAUCAA